AUUAUUGCGCUCCCCACCACCCCUUUGCCAUGUCCAUCGACUCUAGAAAUAUCCCGGUGGCGCAUUUCGCAGAUCGUCAUGCCGAACCCUGAGACUCCCCACUCAAAACUUAUGGACAGAAAGUCGCACGAAUGAAGAUAUUGAAAUCCGUCUCGGUUCGCGUCCUUUUAAAUCCACGUUGCUCCCUAGGAUUUCCGCCUUGAAAGUACUCUGCUCCUUGGUGUUCUGCUGUUUCUUCUGGAAUAGAGUGUGACAAUUGCGAUUUCCUCGAAUAGAUACCCGACAGUUGCCUUGUACGUCCUUGUUUCGCCGUCUAGUUGUAUAUCAGUCUCUCAGUGCCCCGCGUUUCCCCCGACUUCGACACCACCACCCCCACCACUAACAGAUCACGCACCGCAACCCUAUUUGCACAAUGAAGCCAAAUAUCGGGGUCUUCACCGAUCCGGAACAUAGGCUAUGGAUCGACAGUGCCGAACCCAGCGUUGAGAGUCUGCAGCAAGGCGAUUCAUUGAAACCUGGUGAAGUAACAAUCGCAGUGAAGAGCACUGGAAUAUGCGGGUCCGAUAUCCACUUCUGGCAUGCCGGCUGCAUUGGACCCAUGAUCGUCACCGACAAACACAUCCUUGGGCACGAAUCCGCCGGCGAGAUCCUCGCCGUGCACCCUUCCGUCACGAACCUGAAACCCGGCGAUCGAGUUGCAAUCGAGCCCAACAUUCCCUGCUUCAACUGUGAGCCCUGCUUGACCGGACGGUAUAACGGGUGCGAGAACGUGGAGUUCCUCUCAACACCGCCGGUUCCGGGCCUGCUGCGGCGGUACGUCAAUCACCCGGCACAAUGGUGUCACAAGCUGCCGGAGAGUCUGGACUGGGAGGACGGCGCACUGUUGGAGCCGCUGAGCGUUGCGGUAGCGGGAGUGAAGCGGGCUGGAGUUGCUUUGGGCGAUGUGGUCCUGGUUUGCGGAGCUGGGCCGAUUGGGUUGGUCACGGCGGCAUGCGUCAAGGCAGCAGGAGCAGCGCCGGUGCUGAUCACCGAUAUCGAUGAGAGCCGACUAGAGUUUGCACAAAAGGCGGUUCCGGGAGUGCGCACGUUGCUGGUUAAGAGGGGAGAGACACCCGAGGACUUCGCUGGUCGAGUGAAGCAGUUGGCGGGCGGCCAGGAAAUCGCGCUGGCCAUGGAGUGUACCGGCGUCGAGAGCUCGGUCGCGGGCGCCAUCCAGGCGGUCAAAUUCGGAGGUAAAGUCUUCGUCAUCGGGGUCGGCAAAAGCGAGAUGACGAUGCCCUUCAUGCGGUGCAGCACGCGGGAGGUGGACUUACAAUUUCAAUAUCGCUAUGCCAACACAUGGCCGACGGCAAUCCGGUUGCUGGAGAACGGCGUCAUUGACCUAAAGAUGCUGGUAACGCAUCGAUUCAAGCUGGAAGAGGCCGAGAAGGCAUUUCAUACGGCGAGUGACGUGAAGAGUGGUGCGAUCAAGGUCAUGAUACAGAACUUGGAUUAAAGGAGUGCAAUGUGUAUUGGACACACUUAGCUGGGAUUGGACGAGCGGUUGUAUCAACUCGGACCUGAAGGAUGAAGAUAGACUCAAAGAUACUGGUAUGAACCGGACUGGAUUCAGGCCAUUCGAGCAGGCGCAUGAACACCUGCAUGUAAUAUAAUACAAUAGGUAUCAGUACAGUAGGUACCGGUACUGUGAACUCCCCACAUGGGCCUCGCAGAGAGGCCUGACGGGCGUAUGAAUCUCUCUCACCGGUAUUGUGAACACAUUUGCUGAUGAAGCAACUGU